GGGAAUUUCAAUUCUCAGUUUGUUUCACUCUCUCUCUCUCUCUCUAUAUAUAUAUUAUGGUUUGAUUUAAUUUAAUUGGUGGCAGUAUUAACAUAGCAUCAACAAUCUUCCUUUCUAAAUGGGCAAGAAGAACGAUUCUAGGGUUCACGAGGAAGAAGGCGAUGAACAAAAUCAAAUCAAUCCGUCGUCUUCUACGAGCUUGUAUGAGAUCCUUGGGGUAGAGAAAACCGCGUCACAACAGGACAUAAAGAAAGCAUACCACAAAUUGGCAUUGCGUUUACAUCCCGAUAAGAAUCCCGAUGAUGAGAAUGCAAAAGAAAAGUUUCAGCAACUGCAGAAAGUCGUAUCAAUACUUGGUGAUGAGGACAAACGGGCACUUUAUGAUCAGACUGGUUGUGUUGAUGAUGAUGUUGCUGAUCUUGCAGGGGAUUUAGUUCAAAAUCUGAAGGACUUCUUCAGAUCCAUGUAUAAAAAGGUCACUGAGGCUGAUAUUGAAGAGUUUGAAGCUAGUUACAGAGGAUCCGAAACAGAGAAAACGGAUCUAAUUGAUCUUUACAAGAAAUACAAAGGUCACAUGAACAGGCUCUUCUGUUCCAUGCUAUGCUCGGAUCCUAAACUCGAUUCACAUCGGUUCAUGGAUAUCCUUGAUGAUGCAAUUUCUUCAGGCGAGUUGAAGUCAACUAAAGCAUAUCAAAAGUGGGCUAACCAGGUGUCUAACACAAACCCGCCCACAAACCCUUUACGUCAUAAGGAAAAAUCAAAGAAAGCAGCGUCAGAUGAUUUAUUCGCCAUUAUUUCACAAAGGCAGAGUGAGAGAAAAAGCCGUCUAGACUCGAUGUUCUCAUCUAUGGUUAGCAAAUAUGGUGGAGGGCAACCGAGUUCUGAACCUACUGAGGAAGAGUUUGAAGCUGCUAGGCAAAAGCUUGAAAACCACAAGAAGGGUUCUAGGAAAUCCAACCGCAAGUAACCAAGCCUCUAGCGCGUGUUUGUGUGUGUUUUUGAACUAUAUGCCAUCCUUCAAAGUUACAACUUGUAACAUAGUUUUAUAUGCCAAUAUGAAUUGUUGUGUAGAUUAUGCUUGGUUCACCAAGUCUUAUUUAUGUUUUGCUUGAUUGAAACUUGAAACAAAAAUUCUCUACUAUAUGAACUGAAAAUAGAAGUAUUGUGAACUUUUUUUAAA